AUGAGCAAAGCUCACCCUCCUGAGUUGAAAAAAUUUAUGGACAAGAAAUUAUCAUUGAAAUUAAAUGGUGGCAGACAUGUCCAAGGAAUGUUGUGGGGGUUCGAUCCGUUUGUGAAUCUUGUGAUAGAUGAAUGUGUGGAGAUGGCAACUAGUAAGCAACAGAACAAUAUGGGAAUGGUGGUAACACGAGGAAAUAGUAUCAUCAUGUUAGAAGCCUUGGAGCGAGUAUAA